CGAGCAGGGCGCGGGGGCCCGGCAGCAUCGGAGGAGGAUCCCGCCGACGGGGGCCCAUCAUGCCGGGACACCUGCAGGAGGGCUUCGGCUGCGUCGUCACCAACCGCUUCGACCAGCUCUUUGAUGACGAGUCCGACCCCUUCGAGGUGCUGCGGGCGGCCGAGAGCCGGAGGAAAGAGAGCGGCGGCGGCGGCGGCGGCGGGAGCCAGGGGGGCGGCGGGGCCCGCGGCGGCCCGGCGGGCGCCCAGACCAACUCCUCCGGUGGAGCCGGCGGCGGCGGCGGCCCGGGCCAGGCGGGCGCCGGCGGCGGCGUCGGCAGCGCGGCCAAGCAGCUGCGCAGGGAGUCCCAGAAGGAGCGCAAGAACCCGCUGCCCCCCUUCGCCGCCUCCGCCGGGGGCGCCGGCGACCGCCGGGAGGAGGGCAGCGGCCAGCCCGGCGCGCCGCUGCGGAAGGAGGGGAUAAGACGUAUUGGCCGGAGGCCUGAUCAGCAGCAGCAGCAGCAACAGCAGGGUGAAGGCAAGCCUAUUGACAGGAGACCGGAGAGACGACCUCCUCGUGAGCGCCGCUUUGAUAAACCUGCUGAUGAGAAAGGCGAAGGAGGAGAAUUUUCUGUUGAUAAACCCAUUCUUGACCGACCUAUGCGUGGCCGUGGUGGACUUGGAAGAGGACGUGGACGCGGACGUGGAAUGGGCAGAGGAGAUGGGUUUGACUCUCGUGGCAAACGUGAAUUUGACAGACAUAGUGGCAGCGAUAGAUCUUCUGUUUCACAUUCACAUUUCAGCGGCCUAAAGCAUGAGGACAAGCGUGGUGGCAGUGGAUCACACAACUGGGGAACCGUCAAAGACGAGCUAACUGAAUUGGAUCAGUCGGCUGUAACUGAGGAAACGCCGGAGGGAGAGGAACAUCCGCCUGCUGAUUCUGAAAAUAAAGAGAAUGAGGUUGAAGAAGUUAAGGAAGAAGGUCCUAAGGAAAUGACCCUGGAUGAGUGGAAAGCUAUUCAAAGUAAGGAUCGUGCAAAAGUUGAGUUCAACAUCCGUAAACCAAAUGAGGGUGCUGAUGGGCAAUGGAAAAAAGGAUUUGUUCUUCACAAGUCAAAGAGCGAGGAGACAAAGGCGAUGACAGAAAUGCAGGGGAGUCUGCUGGAGUCAAAUGAGGCUCAUGCUGAGGACUCUGUAAUGGAUCAUCACUUCCGCAAGCCAGCAAACGAUAUCACAUCCCAGCUGGAGAUCAACUUUGGAGACCUUGGCCGCCCCGGACGUGGUGGCAGAGGGGGACGGGGUGGCCGAGGACGUGGUGGCAGGGCCAGCCGUGGAGGCAGAACUGACAAGUUGGUUAAGGAGUUUGACGUGAUCCACACACCCAACCAGUCAAGUGCUUCUGCUCCUGAUGUAGAUGACCCAGAGGCUUUCCCAGCUCUGUCCUAAACUGGAUGUCAUAAGCCAACCCUGCCCUCGUCGGGCCUUCCUCUCCGAGGCUUGCAUGCUUAAGGAUCCUAAACAACUAAGAAAUUUAAAAAAAAAAAAAAGAGGAGACUGUCAUUCAUACCAUUCACACCUAAAGACUGAAUUUUAUCUGUUUUGAAAAUGAACUUCUCUCGCUACACAGAAGCAACAAUAUGGUAGUCAGUUUUGUAUUUAGAAAUGUAAUGGUAGCAGGGAUGUUUUCAUAAUUUUUUCAGAGAUUAUGCAUUCUUCAUGGAUACUUUUUUGUAUUGCUGCUUGAAAAUAUGCGUUUCCAAACUUGAAAUAUAGGUGUGAACAGUGUGUACCAGUUAAAAGCUUUCACUUCAUUUGUGGUUUUUUUUUAAUUGAGGAUUUUAGACAUUUUCCCCAAACUACAAACUGGGUUUUAAUUAUUGCACACUAUUUCCGUUUCCUUAAUUCCUGUUUAGCAGAUUUUUAUCAGCCCAUGGUCUUUUGGAAUAUGUGAAAUUUUAAUUUGGCAGACUGUUAGUGCUGUAUGGAAUACUAACUCCUGGAGUACUUUAGUUUUAAUGCUUAAUUUCAGACUUGGAAAAACAGUCAUUUUUCAUCUAUAUUUGGUAGUUUGUUUACACAAAAUCUUUAUACAAAAUUGAUACCAGAUACUUGAAAAAGAUUCAAAGCACAUUGGUUUAUAGUUAAAUACCUGUGUAUUGAUCCAGCAAUGAUGUGUGGAUAAUUGGUCUAAACAGUUUUUUAAAAUUAAUGUAUUACACCUUUCACUCGCCCUUUUUACCUUUAUUCCCUCCUCCUCCCUUCAACAGAAGAAGAUGCUUUGUUGGCAAAAAAAAAAAAAAAGGCGUUUUUAAAUUACCUAUGCUUUUUCUUUGAGAGGGUACCCUGUAGACGGGAGUAACCUUUCCUGUUGUUGGAGCUGGGAGGUGGGGGAAGGUGGUAGCUGUUGCUCCGGUAGUCCGUCUGGACUCCGGUUGGGAUGUGGAAUUUAGCAGCACAGCCUCUUGACACAAGUACAUCAGUACCUGAUGUAGCCACAGCACUGCUCCGACAGCGGCGGGGCUUCUGAAGAAGAAACCACAGGCCUUGGCUGGGUCUGGCAGGAGGGAGUUUUGGCUUAACCGUUUCAGACGGGGACAUUGCAGUCUGUGCGCCAUACAACAAAAAGAUGCAAAACAAAACCCCAACACUUAACCUUUCCGUCAAAGUUUUGUUCUGGAUUUGUGCAGUGUUUGAGAUCUGAUUGCUAGCUGACAAAUGAAUGUUUUUUCAGAGAGCGAUUGUAAGAAACCCUUUCUACCCCCGCAGAAAUUCGCUGUAGGUUUAAUUUAAUCCCUGUGAACAGGAACAUUACCACUUCAGGACACAAAAGGAGUUGAGAGAAUGACUAAUAAAGAGGGUUUCUUAGGGUUUUUAUCUGCAGCAUUUGUUAGGAGCCUAGAAACAGGUUUCUCAUUUUAUUUGAUGUUUUACACUUUGGACAGCUUAUAACAUAUUUGUAGUUUCUUAACUAGGUAGAUAGAAAACAAAAGGUAACGCCCUAUUUUUUUAAAAGCUGUACAGGACAGGCAAAAAGUAUUGGAGACCUUUGAAUAUGAAAUAUCAGACUCCUUAAUUGUGGUGUUUAGCUGGCUUGCUUUAUCUGAACUAUUUUCUACAAAAGUUUUUGUUGUAAACCACUGUUAAUAUCAUUGGAUUAGACUUCUAGUGCACUCACCUAUAGUUUAAAAGUACCAGGCUGUGAGAAGGAGGCAAGUUUUCAAACAGUGGAUGGUAAAAUCUCUUGGUUCAUUUCUCCUGACCCUGAGCUGAUCUUGCAGAGGUGCUCGGCGUGGGGGCUGUUGCAGGUCCAGCACUGAGUUGUUCCUCUUCCCUCUCCCUUUGUGGUUGGGUAGAAUGUGUGGCAGUUCCAGCGUUAGGGACACCUUGGAUAAUACAUUUAAACCGAUGCCUUGAUACGCAGGAACACACUUAGGGAAAAGCUUUCUCUGUAACAUAAACCUUCCUCCCCUUAUCCAAACUGUAUAUUUGCUGUUUCAGUUGCCACUCGGCCUUUUUUCCAGAUGACUUCUGGGCCAGCCAGUCAGUCGUUUGGGGCCCUGCUAGCCGGACUUGGUCAGAAGCUUUCCCUUCUCCUGCUUUAAAGCAUAGAGCAGUUUCCCGAAUGGCACGUCACGUAUGAUUUUCAAGACAGCUUGUACUUACAACUGGUCCGUCUGCUGUUCUGAUAGAUGUAAAUUUGCCUCUUUCAGUCCAUUUGUGUCGAGAACUAAAACUGUGAACAUAUAUCUUUAAUAUUGGUGGGUGUUAACUGAAAUAAAGGUUUAUUUUCAUGCUCUUUUAAAAAUGUCAUGAAAACACAUGGAAAUGAAACCACUUAGGUAAAUAGCGUCUCAUCUAGGUUCUGCCCCAGGAGGUCCAGUCUGCCUGUGGUAAUGGUGCCCGGGCAUUUCCAUUGCCAGGAACGGACUUUGCCUUGGGAAAAUGUCUCCCGAGUAGCUUGCUUACGAUUGAGCUUGCUCUUUAGUAACAUUUUCUGUCCUCUUGCUUGCUACUUUUGCUGUCACGCCAAAUCCAGAGGACUUAGACCUUUUAAAAUCUGAACAAUUUGAAAAUGAUGGUCAGCAGAAAAAGUUGGAGAGAAACGGAGAGAAGCACAUGGUGCAAAUUGGCUUUUGAAUGUGACGAUGGCCAGGUUUGAGCAUGAAAGUUCAUCUUACGGAUUGAAUGCCACUGAUGCUGGGAGGAAACAAGACUGAUUAAGAAAUGCAAGUGUUAGCUGUGUGGGAAAGGGCAUAAAUUCUUCUGAAACAUCAGAAGUCAGUGUGAAUAUAUGGUGUUUGCAGUUCGAGGAGUUGAGACCGCUCUUAACUGUAAUGACUCUUUGCCCGUGGAGAUCGGUUUGCAUAGCCACGCCUCUUGUUUUAAUAAACGCAGGACAUAUGCCUAAAGCUGA